AUGUCGAGAACAUACUGUAUUCCAGGCGUUUUCUUCCUCUUUUCUGCCUUCUUCCUCCUCUGCAUCGUUUCAAUUUCUCUCCCGCGUUUUCAGGCGAUGGAUAUUACUCGCAUUGACACUAGUGGGAUGGGUGGUGGUAGUGGUGAUCAGGUAUUCGCAUUCACGCAAUUCCGAUUCGGCAUUUGGGGUUACUGUAUUGGCUCGCCUUCGGGUUUCGAAUGUUUUAACACUGGCCAUGGAUACUCGGUCACCUUCGCGAACCCGCAGGAUACCCUGAUUACUAUAGGUCCUUCGUGGACACGUGGUCUCGCUGUUCUUCCCGUCGCUGCCUGUGUAGCCUUUAUUGCCCUUCUUCUAUCCAUUUCCCAGCACAUCACAAUUACUUUGGUGGCUUCUCUAGUGUCAUUCCUCGCCGCCCUGCUUACCCUCAUCGGAUUUGCCAUCAAUAUCGCUCUCUAUGCCUAUGUCAAGCAUGAACUGGGCACGCUAAACACUGAUGAAACGACCCUGACUGGACCUGGUUUUUGGCUCACAUUUGUAGCCCUACUCCUGCUUAUUUUGGCUGGAUGCACUGUGUGCUUUGGCCGUCGUCGUGAUAGAAUGGCAGGUGCUACUGAUAACUCAUACCAGCUGAACAACUUCAAAGGCGGAUUCCUCUCGCGCUUCCGCCGCAACUAG